UGAAACUUUCCUUUUCAUUCUAUUAGAAUAAUCUUUUUUUUUUUUUUUUUUUAAUAAAUAAUAAUGGCUCCUACAAAGAAAGUCGGUAUUCUCGGUGCUACUGGUACUGUAGGUCAACGUUUUAUCCUCUUGUUGGCAGAACAUCCCAUCUUUAGUAUCCAUGCUCUUGGUGCUUCUUCUCGUUCAGCCGGCAAGGCUUACAAAGACGCUGUCCGUUGGAAACAAGCUCGUCCUAUUCCUGAAAAUGUUGCACAAUUGACUGUUAAGGCCUGUGAUGCCGAUCUUUUCAAGGACUGUGAUGUUGUCUUUUCCGGUCUUGAUGCUGAUAUUGCUGGUGAUAUUGAAAUGGCCAUGUUGAGAAAUGACAUUCCUGUGUUUUCUAAUGCAAAGAACUAUCGUCGUGAUCCCAGUGUUCCAUUGAUUGUACCUACUGUCAACUCAGAUCAUUUUGAUUUGAUCGCUCAUCAACGUACCCUCAACAACCUUUCAAAGGGUUUCAUCAUCACCAACGCCAAUUGUUCAACCACCGGUUUGGUUGUGCCUUUGAAGGCAUUGCAAGACGCUUUUGGCCCCAUGAGUCAUAUUCUUGUCAACACGCAACAAGCCAUCUCCGGUGCCGGUUAUCCCGGUGUCCCUAGUUUGGAUAUUCUCGAUAAUGUUGUUCCUCAUAUUGGAGGAGAGGAAGAAAAGAUGGAAUGGGAGGUAGCAAAGAUCCUUGGUGGUAUUGCAUCUGAUAAAAAGAGUUUAGAGCAUCUCCAAGAGACAGUUGUGUCUGCUACCUGUACUCGUGUGCCUGUUCUUGAUGGUCAUCUCGAAACCGUUUCUGUCAAAUUUGCUAAUGGUAGCCCUAGUGUUGAAGAAGUCUAUAAAGUACUUGAAGAAUAUACCUCCGAUGCAGAGAAAUUGGGUUGCUACUUGGCUCCUCAAAAGCCUAUUGUUGUAACCUACGAUGCUGAUAGACCUCAACCUCGUCUUGAUCGUGAAAACUUGAAGGGCCAAGCAGUGACUGUAGGUCGUGUCAGAAAAUGUCCUGUCUUACACAUCAAGUUUGUUCUUUUGGUUCAUAACACAGUGCUCGGUGCUGCCGGUUCUUCUGUUCUUAACGCUGAAAUCGCUGUUGCCAAGGGUUUAAUCUAGAUAUAUAUAUAUAUAUAUAAAAUGCAUGUAUAAAAUAAAUAAAUGAAAAAAUAGUGUCUCUGUACUACAGUGUAACCCUUAAACAGAAAAAAGUUUUUGUCGGCAUUUCUAAUUCAUGUGGCCCGGACUAAAAAUGUCCGGCUAAUUCUAUAAGGGGAAGAUGGGAGAUGCGUGGAGUUGAUGGGGGGAGGGGGGGGGGUGGAUGGAUAUUAAUUUUAAAGGUGCAUAACCAAAGCAAGCCUUCUUUCGAAAUA